CAUCCGGCCGCGGGCACUCGAUUGCUCCUGUCUGGUGGCGGCAGCAUGGCGGCGGGGGCGGCUGAGGCGGCUGCAGCGGCCGUGGAGGAGGUCGGCUCCGUCGGGCAGUUUGAGGAGCUGCUGCGCCUCAAAGCCAAGUCCCUCCUUGUGGUCCAUUUCUGGGCACCAUGGGCUCCACAAUGUGCACAGAUGAACGAAGUUAUGGCAGAGUUAGCUAAAGAACACCCAGAGGUUUCAUUUGUGAAGUUGGAAGCUGAAGGUGUUCCUGAAGUAUCUGAAAAAUAUGAAAUUAGCUCUGUUCCCACUUUUCUGUUUUUCAAGAAUUCUCAGAAAAUCGACCGACUAGAUGGUGCACAUGCUCCAGAGUUGACCAAAAAAGUUCAGCGACAUGCAUCUAGUGGCUCCUUCCCACCCAGCGCUAAUGAACAUCCUAAAGAUCUCAACCUUCGCCUGAAGAAAUUGAUUCAUGCUGCCCCCUGCAUGCUGUUUAUGAAAGGAACUCCUCAAGAACCACGAUGUGGUUUCAGCAAGCAGAUGGUGGAAAUUCUUCACAAACAUAAUAUUCAGUUUAGCAGCUUUGAUAUCUUCUCAGAUGAAGAGGUUCGACAGGGACUCAAAACCUAUUCCAACUGGCCUACCUAUCCUCAGCUCUACGUUUCUGGAGAGCUCAUAGGAGGACUUGAUAUAAUUAAGGAGCUAGAAGCAUCUGAAGAACUAGAUAAAAUUUGUCCCAAAGCCCCCAAAUUAGAGGAAAGGCUCAAAGUGCUGACAAAUAAAGCUUCUGUGAUGCUCUUUAUGAAAGGAAACAAACAGGAAGCAAAAUGUGGAUUCAGCAAACAAAUUCUGGAAAUACUAAAUAGUACUGGUGUUGAAUAUGAAACGUUCGAUAUAUUGGAGGAUGAAGAAGUUCGGCAGGGAUUAAAAGCUUACUCAAAUUGGCCAACAUACCCUCAGCUGUAUGUGAAAGGGGAGCUGGUGGGAGGAUUGGAUAUCGUGAAGGAACUGAAAGAAAAUGGUGAAUUGCUGCCUAUACUGAGAGGAGAAAAUUAAUCUUAAACUUGGUGCCCAACUAUUGCAAGACAUAUUUAAUAACAUUGGGAGCAGUUCAUGAUUUAGUCCUCAGAGAUGGACUAGGAAUAGAAAAAUCCUGCUGACUCAGUUACAUGUUUUGUGUAUUUCACAAUGUCGUGCUAAAUAAAUGUAUGUUGAAUUUUUUCCCACCAAAAAUAGAAUGCAAUAAACAUCUUCAAAUUAUUAACAAUAA